UGGAUUCUCUACUCUUCCAUUUUGGUUGGGAGUGGAAGCGUAAGCAGCGAGCAGUAGUGAAAAUGGGAACCCUUGGGAGAGCGAUCUACAGCGUUGGUUUCUGGAUUCGCGAGACUGGACAGGCCAUCGAUCGUCUCGGUUCCCGCCUUCAGGGCGGUUACUUUUUCCAAGAGCAGCUGUCUAGGCAUCGAACUCUGAUGAACAUAUUUGAUAAGGCUCCUGUUGUUGAUAAGGAUGUAUUUGUUGCGCCAAGUGCCUCCGUCAUUGGAGACGUUCAUGUUGGAAGAGGAUCAUCCAUUUGGUAUGGAUGUGUCUUGAGAGGUGAUGUUAACAGCAUCAGAGUUGGAAGUGGAACUAACAUACAGGAUAACUCUCUGGUGCAUGUUGCAAAGUCAAAUUUAAGUGGGAAGGUCUUGCCUACAGUUAUUGGGGACAAUGUCACUGUGGGUCAUAGUGCUGUUUUACAUGGUUGUACUGUUGAGGACGAGGCUUUUGUUGGUAUGGGUGCCGUAUUACUUGAUGGAGUAGUUGUUGAGAAAAAUGCCAUGGUUGCUGCUGGAGCCCUUGUGAGGCAGAAUACAAGGAUACCUUCUGGGGAGGUAUGGGCAGGCAAUCCUGCAAAGUUCCUGAGAAAGCUAAGUAAUGAGGAGAUAACAUUCAUCUCCCAGUCAGCCAUCAAUUAUACUAACCUUGCACAGGUCCAUGCUGCUGAGAAUUCGAAGUCGUAUGAUGAAAUUGAGUUUGAGAAGGUGUUGCGAAAGAAGUAUGCUCGUAAAGAUGAGGAGUAUGACUCUAUGCUGGGUGUUGUUCGCGAGAUCCCACCAGAGCUUAUUCUUCCCGAUAAUGUCUUACCUGAUAAAGCAGAAAAGGCUCUUCAAAAAUGAGGUAUUUUAUUGCAGUGUCUUCAAUUCCAAUAUUGAAAUGACAUCAUGGGACUUUUUUGCUUUUACAAAUUUGUGGAAGAGGGAUUUUUUUUUUCAUUCCCAAUAAUACCAGACAUUUUCUGCGCUAGAAUCAAUCAUGGCUCUUAACGAUCCUGGAAGCAAUUGUUCCUUGAUAUUUUGAACUCUGUUCUCUAAUUUGGUUAAGGCACUAGUGCCAUGUAGAAUCAUUGAUGCCGAUCUUAGUGUUUGUUGUAUCCAGUGCAAGUGAUUUCACAUUUUUUUUUAUCUUGAUCUGUAUGUUGAAAGGCAUUAUUUGUCAACUUGGUUCAUAAGUUCUCGUUGACAUCUUUAUUAAUGAGGACACCUAUGUAUGUUUGUCUCCA